AUGGCCGGCGCAGGUGGGAGCGGAGGUUCGCUGGUGGGGGUGGCGGAACCGCAGUACGUGACGGCGAAGAUAUCGGUGUGGUGGGAUAUUGAGAACUGUCAUGUCCCAAAAGGUUGUGAGUCCCACUCGAUCGCUCAGAACAUAAGCUCAGCCUUGGUGAAGAUGAAUUACUGUGGGCCCGUCUCCAUUUCCGCCUACGGAGACACCACUAAGAUUCCGGCGACCGUACAACAAGCCUUGAAUAGCACCGGCAUCUCCUUAAACCAUGUACCUGCAGAGCCAACAAAUCAUUUGGAUGGGGAGUUCAAGACCCAGAGAGAACAAAUAAAGAAAGCCUGGAAUACCGAAUUGAGGAAAGUCGUUGGAAAAAUCUCAAACACCACAAUUAUUGAAGCCAAAGGAGACACCCAACUCAAAUCAAGGCCAACACCACCAUAA